AUGGAAGCCGACAACACCAAUACAAGCAGCGAUGCACAGGCCAUUGAUUCCUCAAGUGCCAUCCAUUCGCCUAAUGGAACAGAGACUACAAAAGCAAACAGCAAUGCAACAACCAAACCGACACAACCAACGACGACUACUUUGAAUGUACCUGCCGGGAAACCAAGCGCGUCAACAGCCACAACCGCUUCGUCAGUGGCAACCGAUGCAGCAGCAGCAGCAGCAGCCGUAUCCACAGCCGAUAUUCGUGCAACACCUAUUUCGCAUGCACCUCACCCGAUAUCGCAGGAAUCAGGUGUGGCCGUUGAGGAAACAGCUCUUCAAAAGCAAAAGCUGGUCGAGGAAUUCCAGUAUCUUUUGGAAAAGAGUCAAAGUUUAUUUAGUGGUUUAAGAGACUUGCCUCCCACUGGAAGUCAUCGUCAAUGGAGACCUUAUUUCGAGAAAACAUUCGAGGUGUAUACCAAGCUUUGGAAGUUCCAACAGACCCACCGACCAGUCCUGGAGGAUAAGAGCAAUUAUGGGUUGAAGCGAUGGGAAGUGGGCGAAAUUGCAAGCAAGAUUGGACAACUAUACUACCAUUACUACUUGCGAACGAGUGACACCAGCUAUCUUCAAGAAGCGUAUGUAUUUUAUGAUGCCAUCCAUGAACGACAAUAUUUCAGAGAUAUCCUUGAAGUCAAAAACCCUGCGUUGAUGAUCAAAAAGAUGAGAUAUUACGCAAGGUUCAUUGUUGUCAGCUUACUAUUGAAUCGAGAAGAGAAGAUUCGGAUGCUGGUGAGCGAGUUGGAGAAUCUCGUGGACGAGUACACCAAAAACUUUAAGCCGCCAGAUGCCAAGGAGUGGCAAGUUGUAUUGCAGGAGAUAUCAACAUUUAUGGAAGCUGAAAAGAAGCCUGCACCCAUCAGCGUGGAUCGCCUUCCAGUGACAGUGAUGCAUCGUUUAUCGCCCACCAUGAGGAUUGAUCGUGAGUCGAUUCCUGGAACGAGGCUAAAGUUGCAAGAGGCUAUCCUUGUCGGCAAUUCUCAAAAGCAAAUCAAGUUUUCAGAGUUGACGUUGGAUAUGUAUCGUAUGCUGCAAAGUCUGGAAAUGGAACCUACCGGCAAUUUCCCAUCAGCAACACCAAAGACAACGACCAAAGCAGGUAGUGGUGGAGGUGAUCAAGCAGGAGCCACAUUGGAAGGGGGUGGUGGUGGUGCCAAAGACGCUGCUGCUGCUGCUGCUGCAUCUAAAGAAGAGCCUACGACGACGACUUCUGCCUCUUUAAAGAAUACAUCAGGAGCGACACCAACACCACCAUCAGCAGCUAGUACGCAACAACCUGUCGCAGUGAAUACCAACAAUGCAUUAACGCAGCCAACUACUACCGACAAACCAUCAUCGAGACGUAUCAAUCCACACAAGUACUUGCUCUAUCGACCUUCGCUUAGUCAACUUUUUGUAUACAUUGCAACAGCAUUUAAAGAUACGGCAGAGAACGGUGUCAUGCUUCUUUAUCUUUCGGCGGAUGGAUGUGAAUACCCGGAUGUGCGUGAUACUGGUUAUAAAGGAGGGGUUGCAGCCAAUCAUCGCAAAACUCAACCAUCCACUGGUGGUAGUGGUGGUGGUGGUGGUGCAGCAGCCAUGGCAACGACUACAACCAAUCCCGAAAAGUCCGAGGCAACCCCCACCACAUCCACAGCUACAGCGAAUACGACAACAGCUACUGGAACCAAUGCACCCUCCUCAUCGGCUACUGCAUUAUCCGCUUCAUCACCAACACAUGUCCCUUCUACGCAUUGUUUACAUCCAGCUGAUCUUGUACCCUUUACUCGGAAGCCCCUGUUUCUUAUUGUGGAUAGCAAUAACAGCAUUGCAUUCAAUAAUAUCCUCAAUGUCUUUGGACAGCCGCUCCUGAUUCUCAUGUCACCAGUGGAAUACCCAUCCUCGGUUCAAGACCGUAGUGAAAUAGGCAGCCUUUUCACUCUAUUCCUUCAUACACCCCUCCUCGGAUUUUGUUUGGUAUCCGACAUUGGGGAUCUCGAUACCAAUUGGGAUGAAUGCGUCACUCUUAUUACUGAUAUGGAACAAAAGACCGGUGAAUUACUAUUAGAGAAUCCUGAAGUUGAUCCACAAAUGAAACGAUUCAUGGCUGAUGAGUUUCUAUGGACUUUUAUUGUACGUUUUACGUUAUGCUGCAUCAUUCUUCGAUAUCAUUCAUCCUUCAAAGAUGAAAAGACAUAUCCAACCUCAUCACCAGCCUUACCAGAGAGUAUUUACAAUGCCGAGGAGAUCAUUGCCAUGCUUCAUAGGUUGACGUCUGUAGCCAAAGUAGGAACGUAUUUCAAUUUACCAUUUGCCACAGAUGAUCCCGUAGAGCCUUAG